AUGGCUGUUGUUGGCGUUGGCUGCAAUGGCGAAUCUAUUUGCUCAAAGCAUGUCACUAUGCUUAUGACCAUAAUUAUGAGCUUUGGAGUCAUCUCCUGUUGUCUCGGCCAUGGCGGGGGCGAUCAUGAUGGCCAUCUCGGGGCGGAGGGGGGAAGCUGCAUAGAGAGCGAGAGGAGAGCUCUCCUAGCCAUCAGAUCCGAUAUGUACGACUCCGGCAAAAGGUUCUCUUCUUGGAUCGGUGAAGAUUGCUGUAGCUGGAGAGGAGUGGCCUGCGAUGACAACACCAGCCAUGUCAUCAAGCUCGAUCUCCACUAUCUCCACACUCACAAUUUCUACACAUAUGAUUUGGAUGACGAGGACGAUAUGUGCUUCAUGUUAGAAGGGAUGGGUGCGAGCAAGGUAAAUCCUGCUUUGCGUGAUCUGAAGCAUUUGAAAUAUCUGGAUUUGAGCAUGAAUAAUUUCUCUGGUGCCCACGUCCCCUACAUGAUUGCUUCACUUGUGCAUUUGGAAUAUCUUAACCUAUCCAAUGCUGGGUUUGGUGGGCUAAUACCUCCUCAACUGGGGAACCUCUCCAACCUACACUUCCUCGAUCUUGGAGGAUGUGGAUUUACUAAUCUACAAGCUGAUGACCUUGAUUGGCUCUCCCGAAUUCCUUCUCUAAAAUAUGUUGAUAUGAGUUUUGUCAACCUCUCUAAAGCAACUAAUUGGCUUCACCAAGUUAAUUGGAUCCUCAGUCUUAAAGUAUUGCGCUUGGGGUGGGCAAACCUCCCUUGUGUUCCAUCACCUUUGCCCCCUUUUAAUCUGUCUUCAAUCGUCAAACUAGAUCUCUCUGGUUAUUCCAACUUGAACACAACAAUUCUAAGAUGGAUCUCUCAUGCUAGCAGCCUUGUAUAUCUUAAUCUUUUUUACUGCAGUGGUGUUGAUAUUGAUUCACUACAAGUCACUCUAGGAGCUCUGACUAAUUUGAAAGACUUGGAUUUGCAAUACAAUGGUAUCAAAGGAGAAAUUUUUGGAAUAAUAAUGAAUGUAAGCAGGAGCUUGAAGCAUUUGGAUUUAAGUUGGAAUUUAUUAAGUGGAGAUAUUACACAAAUCUUGUGGAGUCUUGGGCCCCUGGAGUACCUUGCAUUAGAUGGUAACAAGCUCAAUGGACAAAUUCCAAAAAUGAUGAAAAAUUUCACAAGCAGCUUGCGAUAUUUAAAUUUGAGAUCUAAUCACAUUACCGGAGAAAUUCCACGAGCUAUGGGGAAUCUCACUAAUCUGAAAUACUUGGAUCUCUCAAACAAUAAUAUUACUGGAAGUAUACCGAUAGCUUUUGGUGAUCUAAUCAACUUGGAGAGCUUAUUCUUGUUCGGAAAUCAGAUUUCAGGACAAAUACCAGAAACGAUCGGGAAUCUUCAAAAUAUGCAAUCUCUAUAUUUAAUUGAUAAUUUUAUUACUGGGCAGAUGCCAGAGACCAUCAACAGACUCUACAACUUGCAAAUCCUGGAUGUAUCAUAUAACCACUUGACAAGGUUAGUACCUGGGACUUUGAAUGAGCUCUGCAAUUUGAGUUUUAUAGAUUUAUCACAUAACCAUAUCAGUGGAGAGUUAACCGAUCUAAUUGAUAGUUUACUACGUUGUGAACAAAGAGCCGCUCUAUAUUUAUCUAUUAGUGGCAACAAUUUGAGUGGGAUUGUUCCUUUAAGUAUGGGUCAAUUAUCUGCAUUACAAGUAUUGGACCUCUCCUCAAAUUUGUUGGAAGGGUACUCAGAGAACACAGAGGUGUUGAAGCAUAUUGUCAAAAUGGGUGAAGAAGCGAUGAUGAGUCUAAAGGAACUUGGCUAUCCAAAAUCAAGCAUUGAUUAUAAUGAAAUUGGACUCAGAGGAGUGCCACAGUACCAUAGAGGUGGAUCUAUCGAUAAUAAAGAAAGGGAUAUAGAUGCGAGGCAACGAAUACUAGGGCCAUGGGCAUGGCAUGAUAGUGUCAUGGUACUAUAG